AUGGCGCGCGGCAAGAAUCCUCGCUCACAAAUGGGUUACCCUCAUCGUCCUAAACCUCAGCCUGCGAAUUCAACGAAUCUUGAUCACCAGCAAUCCUUUGUCUCGACUCACACCCUUCCUCCGCCAACCAUCGAAGUACCAAAAGAUACGCCGCGAUUUGCUGACCUGCAAGGCAAGAACCUCCUCGACCCAACUGUCCUUCACACCCUUACCAAUGAUCUCAAAUUUGAUCAUAUGAUGCCAGUCCAGGCUGCGACGCUAGAAUAUCUCCUCUCAGGAGCAGACGUAUUGGCGCAGGCAAAGACGGGCACGGGCAAAACACUGGCUUUUCUGCUUCCCGCAAUACAGACCAUCCUGAAGAGGAAUGAACCACGCUUGUCCGCACUGAUCCUCUGUCCUACGAGAGAGCUUGCGUUACAAAUUGCAGCCGAGGCCAUGAAAGUUCUACAGAGACUACCUGGAUGCAAGGUUGCAACCUCUAUAGGCGGAACGAAUAAAAAUGUGGAAGCGACAAAUAUCCUGCGUGGUUGCAGCAUCCUCGUUGCUACACCCGGCAGACUACUGGACCACCUCAGCGACGAGAGAGUGCAAUCUACAUUGAGCUCACUCCGGACUUUAGUGCUUGACGAGGCGGACCGUAUGUUGGACAUGGGCUUUUUACCAGACAUCAAGAAAAUACUGUCAUAUCUUCCCAAAACCGCUCGACAAUCCAUGCUGUUCUCAGCCACCAUUGAUGAUCAAGUCAAGAAUGUGGCACACCUCUUCUUGAACAAGGGCUAUGAAUUCAUCUCGACUAUCCAGGAGGGCGAGGCCAACACCCACGAACGUGUUGACCAAUAUCUUGUUUUGACACCAAAUAUGAUUGAGCAUGCCCCUGCUAUGGUCUCUGUUGUUGAGGCAGAGUGUGCUACCACGAAAUCAUUCAAGGCUAUCGUGUUCGCCCCUACAGCUGCUCAUGCUGACUUCUAUGCCGAAGUUCUUGCUUCAAUUGGUACCUUGCCAAAAGUCUCGGUUCUGCAUUCUCGCAUGACUCAACCGAAGCGGACCCGAACGACGCAAGAAUUUCGACAAGCCACGAAUGCGAUAUGUGUGGCCACCGAUGUCAUUGCUCGUGGCAUGGACUUUCCGAAUGUUAGCCACGUAUUUCAGGUUGGUUUACCAUCUGACAAGGAGACGUACGUUCAUCGACUGGGACGUACGGCACGCGCGGGUGCUGAGGGUCGGGGAAUUCUAGUACUUGGCGAAGCCGAAAAGGGCUUCUUGAAUCAACUGAAGGGAAUCAAGAUUCAAGACUAUCCAUCGAGUCUCCAGUACAAGAUUGAGGACAUUGAGCCUGCUCUGGCUGAUCUCCAGACCAAGCCGAGGGUUUACCAAGCAUGGCUAGGUUAUUACAAGACGUAUCUGAAGGUGUUAAAGUGGUCACCCGCCGAUCUUGUUCGCGAAGCGAAUCGGUUCGCACUUGAAGGUCUUGACUGUCCUGAAGUGCCCGCGCUGGAGAAGUCUACCAUAAGCAAGAUGGGCCUCAAGGGGGUCCCGGGGCUAGUGGUCUCAGCAAACAAGCCUGGUUCGAAUAAUCCUCAUCGUCGAGGUGGAGGCGAAGGGCGACUGCAAGGUAGAGCUCCAGGCAGAGCUCCAGGCAGAUCUUGA